AUAUUUCCGGUUGAUCUGUAAAAAUGAUUGUUUACAAAUCUACUCAUUGUUUUAAUCCUUCACAGGUCAUUCAUAUAAAUAUUUCAGGAUAAAAUGUCUCAGCUGUCACAAAGCCAAGUUCAGGUCACAAUCGAACUUGGCCACACAGCAAGUUUCCGCAAAAAACCAACAUCAGAGGGGUUCACACAUGACUGGACAGUGUUCGUACGAGGUCCUGACGGAUCAAAGAUUCAGCAUUUCAUUGAGAAAGUUGUUUUCAACCUCCAUGACACCUUUAGCAGACCCAAGAGAACCGUCAAGGAGCCCCCAUAUCAGGUGACCGAAUCGGGCUACGCCAGCUUCCUGUUGCCGAUCGACAUCUAUUUCCGCAACAAGGAAUCGCCCAAGAAGCUCAGGUUUAAUUAUGAUUUGUACCUGAAUGCUGAAGGUGGUCCGUCCAUAAACCACAAUCGCUGUGAGAAACUCACCUUCCAGAACCCCACUGAAGAGUUCCGACAGAAGCUGCUGAAGUCAGGAGGGGUGCAGUAUAACAGCAACUCCCAGCAACCCUUCACCGAACUGUUCGGACCUCCCAUCACCCCCGACACUGGCAACAAGAGGCCAGCCGGAAUCUCCUCCUCCAGUAGCAGCAACAACAGGGACAAGAGCUCAAAGAGCAAAGGCAGCAGCAGUGUGGUGUCUAAGCCCUCCACACCACAGUCAUCCCAUGCCUCCGCCACUGUCACAUCCUCAUCUUCAUCCUCCUCCGGCCCCGGGACGCAGCCUAUUGCGUCCAAGGAACCCAAGACAUCCAAAUCUUCCUCUUCCUCUUCCUCUAGAGAGACGAUGGGCCAGAAGCGCCCCUCGACCACAUCUCCCACAGAGCAGACGUCGGGGAAAAAGAUGAGGAGAAGCUCCUCCACUUCCUCCACCACAGAGUCCUCCAAACACAAGUCUCACAAGUCAUCGAGCAAAAAAAAUAAAUCUGAAGAGGGCGAGUCAAAGAAAAAGUCAUCUUCUUCCAAACAUCGCAAAGAGAAAUCUCACAAAGACAAGAAAAAGGAUAAGUCAGACACUUCACAUUCUAAGGGUUCUUCUAAUUUGAGUAAAUCUUUGCCAGAAUUUAAACUUGAGACUGAACUGCUAUCCCCACUCAGAGACAGCCCUUCAAGAUCUGCCAGCCCCCCUCCCAUCAAGCCAGACACGCUUGAUUCGGACUGUGACAGUGAUUCCAGUGCAAGUCCAAAGCAUCCCCUGCCAACACCGAAGAGCUCAACCUUGUCAUCACUCUCAGAGGACGAGGAGGAGAUGACAAGGAAGAUCCUGCAGGGGAAGGCUGAGGAUGAUUCCAGCAGCAGCAGCUCCAAUAAGAGUGAUAGUGAGCCUGUCAAGCCUGACUCCAGCAGUGGCAGUGAGGACGAGGAUGUCCUGUCCACUCAUUCGGCGGACAACAAGCUUCACUACCACUCACACAAUUCACCCAAACCCUCAAAGAACACUUCAGACAAUCGGAAAUCAUCUCCACUCAAAAAUGAAUCAAAAAGUUCUCCCAUAAAAGUUGAAUCUAAAUCAUCGAAGUCCAAACAUGGCAGUUCAUCAAGUUCAAGAAGGCCUUCGAAGCCAGAAACAAAAUCGAAAGACUCAAAAGAGAAGAAAGAAAGAUCUGAAUCUUCUUCCUCUAAACACUCUCACUCAAGUAAAGACAGUCGGGGGUCGAAGGAGAAGAAAGACUCAUCAAAAGAAAAGGAAAGUGGUGGGUCAGAAAAUGGCAUCCCUGAGAAGGCAUCAAAUGGAGAAAAUAUCAAGGAGUUGCUGGACAUGCAGGUGACCCUCUGUAGAAUGACUGAUCGCAAGAUACUGCAGCAGAUUGCCAACUUGAUUGGUCAGACUGGUCUCUUCAAGGUCACGGAAACAUCCUUCAACUUUGACCUCUGUAACCUUGAAUCUGACAUAGUUAAGAAAAUUAGGAAUAUGAUCUCAGAAUCUAUUUCGUAAUUAGUAUUCUAUUUGGAAAAGCAAGUUGCUUUCAAAUUUGAGUGCUUGAAGCCCAUGACAGCUAUUGACAGAAGUGCUGUCAUUUGUGACCAGUGGGUACAAGCUUCAGUGGACUCUUGUGUCUCUGUGUUUAAAGAUGGAAAUGGAAAGUUUCUUUCUUGACUGUUUCAAUGAAACUGACACAUAUUUUAUUAUGUUCAACUGACAUUUGUAUGAAUGAAACCGUGUGAGUUUGCGACAGUGUUUGUGUUUCAGAUGUUUGUGUUUCAUAGACUUGAAACGUUUGCAAGCAAGUUUUGAAAGGAAACCACUUUAAUUUGAUAUGAUGGCCUCAAACAAAGGCAUUAAUUUGAGUAUAUUUAUGUUAUUAUUUUAUUGCAUGAGUGCUGGAAGGUCAUAUUUAAUUUGAGAGGUCAGUUUGUUUAUUCUUCUGUGUUGGUCAAGGAUUUGUUUACUCAGUAAUGCUUUAAGUCAAGUCUAAUGAGUUCAAUCAAAUUGCAUUUACUGGGAAUAUAAUGUGUUCUGUCUCACUACUGCCCAAAUAUGAAUCUUCAACGAGAAGGUUGUGACCUGCCAAAUGCCAUGUCAGUCUCAUGUAAGUCAUAACAAGAUGGAAAUAUCCACCCUGUAUUCACUGUUAACAUAGUUAUCUUCAAAGAAGCAUUAAUAGGAAUUAUUCAAAUAUUCAGUGACUGCCAACAGCCUUCUGCCUUAUAGCAAGUUGAGAUACCAGAUCGCCAUGACUCUCAUUGUAAAUGUGUGAUAUCUGAUUGUGUUGAUAGAAAUGCUUGACUGUAACAAAAACAGAUCAGAUAUUUUCUUGUAAUGUUGCUAUUUAGUAUUUUUACAAAAUUUGAUAAGUUGUCUUUUCUAUUUUACAUUACACACCAGUAUCAAAUUCAGAUAAUAAUGUGACCCGAAGUGAAGUCAAUUUCUGAAUCAAGUAUCAUCAAAGUUUUCAGCAGAAUAGAAGGUUAUGAUCGGAUACUUUGAAU